UCCCCGAACGGGGCCGGACCAAGCUAGCCCGCCAAGCCUACCGGUCCACUCGUCCGUCCACUCAAUCAGCGAGCGGGGAUCCGAACUCGGAGCCCCUCCUUUUACCAAUUCCCUCUUCGUCUUCCUGCUCCGGUCCUCCCCUUCCAUUACGCCACCACGAAAUAGCUAGACAAUUCUCCAAAUGGACUCGCCCAUGUGAUUGUUUAGCAGCGUCCGGGUCCUACCUCCCCUGUCUCUCUCUCUCUCCCUUUCCUGUUCCAAUACCUUCCGCAACCCACCAACCCUGCUCGAUUCAACGCGCCGCUCCUGUACCCGCCGCCGUCUCGCGGCGACCUGUUCGUCGAAAAUUCGGCCGUUUAUAUAUAGAAGAGGCGGACGCGGAUGACGCGAACGAUUGUCCGCGCUCGUGCUUCCAAGGACAGCGAGGCAGGCUGCCAAGAGCGGAAUUGCUGGUCGGCUUAAGUGCGCGAGGACGGAGCGAUCCAGCUCGGGGUGAGCGCGCGGCGCGAUGGGAAAGGGGAGCAGGGGCGUGUCCUGCCGUUCCGCCAUCUGCGGCAUCGUCGCGCUCCUCAGCGCCACCGCUUUCGCCUGCUCCGUCGCCGCCGAAUUCCGCAAAGUCAAGGACAAGGACGUGAAGCUGGACGGCAGCCUCUGCUCGCUGCCCAGGAGCUCCGCCUUCGAGCUGGGCGUGGCCGCCAUCGCGUUCCUCUUCGUGGCGCAGCUCGUGGGCACCAGCGCCGCCGUGACCACCGCGUACGCCGCCAAGCCCAGGAAGAGGGCAGCCGCCAGGGGCCGCGCCGCGUUCGUCGCCCUCCUGGCCCUCUCGUGGCUGAGCUUCGCGGUGGCCGUGAUCCUGCUGGCGACCGCGGCGAGCAUGAACCACGGGCAGCGGUACGGGCGCGGGUGGAUGGACGGCGACUGCUACGCGGCCAGGAACGGUGUGUUCGGCGCCGCCGCGGCGCUGGUCGUCGUCACGGCGCUCACCACCCUCGGCCUCACCUUCGCCACUGAACCGACCGCGGCCAUGGCGCCCGCGCCCGCGUCACCCGCCGCGGCACCGGACGCGUGCGCGAGCAGGACGCAUCCCGAAGCGGCUGCAGCGGACGCCGAACAACCGGGCGGGCGAUCCAAGCAAUGACCAGUGAGGCAGGCAGGCUGGCUGGACGGGGGCGGACCAACCGCAGGCGGCGGCUGGUGAGCGGCAACGUUGGCGGCGCAAACGGCCGCGCCGCGUGGGGCAGCGUUGAUGGGCUGGCGGGCGGGGCAUCGGCAAAGUGGGAGGCCGCCGCCGGACCGGACGGGUGGGGCCACGGGAGCGCAUGCAUAUACGCUGCCGCCGGUUGGUUGGAUAUUUAGCAGCCGCCAGCCGGGACAGAGGUACAUAAUUACUGUCCCCAUAACUGACACGAUUACUGACACGGCAGUGUGCAGCAUCUAAAUGAUGGUAGCAACAACAAGUCGUUUCAAAAUGCAAAGACAAAUCGUACAGAAAUUUCGAGUUUGUUUUUGUUUUUGUGUGUUUAUUUCGUGUUUCUGUGCACCAAGCCACCAACUUGGUGCUGGUGGGCAUGUUCAGCUAAUCAGCUCGGUGCCUCUCUGGCUGAAUCUGGACGUUGUACAAUGUGUAGACAAACUGGUCACAAUAAUGUAUACAUUCGGACGAACAUUAUCUGAUCGAGCUCAA